AUGAAGUUCAUCCUUACUACCAUGGCCUUUGUCGCCGCCGCUGCCAUGGGCGCCAUUGCUACCUCACAGGAGGCUGUCACCGUCACCGUCACUGUCACCGAUUGCGGCAGCUCGGUUGGCACCACUGCUGGCGUCUUCAGCACCUCCAUCAGAACCAUCACUGCCUCGGACAUGACCAGCUCCGCCACCGAGAGUAUCCUUCCCACUCCUGUCGGCCCUGUCAGUUCCGUCAGUGAGGGCGGCUUGUCCACUUCCUUCCAGUCUGGCGUUCCUUCCGCUACCAUCUCUGUCAUUGAGAGUGCCACCUCCACCAUCAUCUCUGCCAGCGCCAGCGGCACUUCCAUCGAAGCCAGCCUCACCACUUCUGCCGUCACCUCAUCCGAAGUCGUCUCUGCCGUCACUGCUUCAUCUGACUUCAGCACUUCUUGGAAGUCGGCUUCUGCCUCUGACACCGGCUCUCCCUCUGUCACUGAGAGCAGCCGUACUUCUGCCAGCGCCACUACCACUACAGUCCCUUCCAACGAUGCCACAAUCACUAGCAUGGUUGGCAUGACUUGCGUCUUGGCAGUCCUUGCUGCUUCUCUCUUCAACUUGGCUUGA